UUUAAUAAAAAAAUAGCACUGAUGAAUAAAAAUCAAUCAACCCACCAUGAAAAGUUCAGGAGGGAAACGAAGGUCAGUUAAUUGGAGCAGGAGGAGCUGUGCCAUGUGAAUCAAGUGUGCGAGUAGCUUUUUCCAAUCCCUUCUGUUUCGGUCUGCUGACGAUUCUUUGGAGAAAUUAAGAGGAAAAGAUCAAAGCUUCCACUGGUAGUUGGCAGGCACAGGUGAACAAAGUGACCUUCCAAGAAAAGCUGAUUGCAACAAAAUUUGAUCGAUAUGGAUAUAUAUGAAGGAAAAUUUUGCAUAGGGUGAUGUGCAGAUCAUUUCAAUCCAUCCAUAUUGGAUGGGAGAAUAUGAUUUGAUCUUUUUUGGUAGAUAUUGCUAUUUGGUUGAAAAGUAUCUUUGCAAGAAAGACAGUUUCAGCAAGGAUACUUAUGUUGCAUAAGAUGUUGAAUUCUACUUUGGAAGUAUCUCUGCGAAGCACUGCUAUCUGAAGGCUUGUACAUUUCAUGAAUGAAGCUUCUUUUGCUGGAAGAGUUACUGGAUAAGCUUCUUUAGCUCGAAAUUGAAACUCUUUUGUUGCGUUCUUGAUCAAAUAGUCUGAAGUUUGGUAGUUCUCCUUUGGCAUUUCUCCUUUGAACCGUUUCUUGGAUUCCAAGUCUUAUGCAAACUUAAGAAGCAACUAUCACUCAAAAAGAUAGUUUACAUGGGCAAAACAGAACUUUUCUGGCUUUAUUAAUGUUCACUUAUCUGGGAAUACACAAUCUUGGGUAAACCUGUUUUGGUCGUGGCCAUUCACUGUUUGCCUUUGCUAGCAUUUUCUAUUGUGGCUGUCUUUGCUCACCAUUUGUUCUUUGGGCAAUUCUCCUUUGGCAUUUAUCACCUGCUCACUUGCUAUCUGGGGCAAGUCUCCUUUGGCAUUUAUCACUUCUAUAUUCUACCAUUGUGGCGGUUCUCCUUGUGCUCUUGUUGCGUCCACGUCAUUCUCUGGGGCAAAUCUCCUUUGGCAUUUAUCGCUUACAAAACUGCUCUCCGUGGCAAAUCUCUUUUUACAGAUAUUACGUGAGUGAAUACUCUCAAGGGCAAAUCUCCUUUGGCAUUUAGGGCUUGCACAGACUCUCUCUGGGACAAAUCUCCUUUGGCAUUGAUCACUUACACAAUAUCUCUCAAGGGCAAAUCUCCUUUGGCAUUGAUUACUUACUAUUACUUUUCUGGUGCAAAGCCCCUUUGGCAUUUAUCUCUUUACCAUGACCUCUUGUGGGGCAAAUCUCCUUUGGCAUAUGAAACACAUAUCACUGUUAGAUCUAUUUUGAAAUACUUCAUCUGCUAGUCUGUUUCAACUCUCCUACGACAGUUGGUCAUCUGUCAAUCUUAAAUUAAAUUCUAGGGGCAGAUCUCCUUUGGCAAGAAGUGCUUUAUCAAUUGUUUCCAAGUUUUCUCUUUUCUGUGAAGCAAUCUCUUGGAACAUGUCCCCUGGACUAUUUGAGUUUAUUGAUUGACGAGUUACCUCUGCUCUUUUAUCCGGACGGCUAUUGUUUGGCAUCAAGUUUUUGAAGUAUUCUGCUGACCUUAUCACUUUGCAUCAUUGAGGAAGCGAAUUAGCGAUUUGUGAGCUGCAUCCUUUGUCAGGGUUUUGCUCAGUUCAAGAUCAACUCUAAGAAAUAGUGGACACUUGAGCAAACAUAUUUAUAAUCAUCGGAAUUUGAUGUAAAUUAUUGCUAGCAGUGAAGGCUAAUCAAGUAGAGUUUAGGUGUUGUGCUUCUGCUUUCUUGCAGAUUUGAGGUUUGGAGUGAUGAAUAUGUUUACUGAUUCUGAUUCUGAAAGCUACACUGGAAGCACUGACACUGAGGAUCAUGAUGGUAUUGAAUCAGCAUAUGGUGGGCAAGCUUGGAGCAUUUUAUCAUGUCUUGAUGAGAGCAUAGAGAAGAUAGAUGAUUUUCUUGCAUUUCAAAGAGGAUUUGUACAUGGUGAUAUUGUGUGCUCUAUCAGUGAUCCUUCAAAGCAGUUAGGACGUGUGGUGGAUGUCAAUAUGAGUGUGGACCUCGAGACGAGCUUGGGUGAGUUAAUCGAAGGUGUGGAUAGCAAAAAGCUUGUGAAAGUAUGUCCUUUUUCACCAGGGGAUUAUGUAAUACAAGGGAAUUGGCUUGGACGAGUGAGCAGAGUUAUCGAUCGGGUAACGGUUUUGUUGAAUGAUGGUUCAAAAUGUGAGAUAAUGUUAGGAGAUUCAGAUGAUCUAAUACCCUUGUCACCUAUCUUAUUCGAAGUUGGAUCUCGUCCGCUUUAUUGUCCAGGUCAGCGUGUCAGCAUUAAGCAUCACAGUAUUUCUGAAAAUGGAAGCUGGUUUUAUGGUUCAUGGAAGGCCGGUCGAACUGAAGGUACUAUUUGCAAUGUGGAAGUAGGGUUAGUGCAUGUUAAAUGGGUUACUUCUCUCAUGUCUCUUGGAUGCAUUGCUUCUCCCCCUGAUCAAGUUCAAGAGCCAGGGAUGCUUAUUUUACUUUCCUGCUUCUCAUAUGCUAAUUGGCAAAUAGGAGAUUGCUGUACUCUUCCAUUUGAUUAUCAAAACUAUUCUAAAAUGGCUGAUAAAGAACCAGUACCUGUAACUGUUGCCCCUCAGUUUACAAAGAUGCAACGGUCAGAGGCAAGUGAUCAACUCUACAAAGAAAUAUAUUCCAUUGCAAAGACCAGAAUCAAGGUUGAUGUCUUAUGGCAGAAUGGUCAGGUUUCUUCUGGUGUAUAUCCAGAAGCUUUACUUCCUGUAAGCAAUAUCGGAGACCACGAUUUCUGGCCAGGACAAUUUGUGACGGAGAAGGUCAUAAGUGAAGAUGUGCAUGUGGCAAGCAUCCAGAAUUUGGGAGUUGUGAAAAGUGUGGAGUCACAGGAACAAAUUGUGAAGGUGAAGUGGAUAACUGCUGAGCUUAAAGAGACUGUCAAUUUCAAUAGGGACACGGAGGAAAUUGUUAGUGCUUAUGAGCUGAUCGAGCAUCCUGAUGCUUCUUAUGGCCUUGGUGAUAUUGUAAUACGGCUUUCAAAUUGUGACAGUUUUGAGGGAAAUAUUUCCAAUAUUCAUAUUGGAACUGAUCAGCUCUUGGAGCACAAAAGCACGCCUGCAAAAAGAGUUCUAGACCCUUCAUUAUUUCAUGCAAUUGACUCUAAGAAAAAUGUUCAAUCGCUUGGUUUCGAUAAUUGUCCUGCUAGUUAUGCAUCUCGCAUUGGAUUUGUAAUUGGUUUCAUGGAUGAAAGUAUUGAAGUGAGAUGGGCCAGCGGUCUCAUUUCCAAGGUGCACCCUUAUGAAAUUUUUGGCUUGGAUAGGCUUGAUGAACUUGACUCAUCAUCAGCCGUUCAUCAAGUUGUUGAACAUGUCCAAAGCGAGAUAUCCGAGCAUGCCAAAUUACAAGAGAAUGAGGUUGGACAUGGUUCCAAUGGAGGUUCCAACAGAGGUUUGUGGGAUGCUGCUUUCCUUUUGCUUCCUUCAGUGACGCUUAGAUUUCUUACAAAUAUAGUUGAGCGGCUAUUCAGCAUUGGUGGUUCUUCCAGUCCAUCUUGCGAAAAAUUGAGGGAUUUCAAUCGUCUUGAUAAAAUAUGUGAAUGCUCUUUAUCAUCUCGUUCCUCAAGGACUGGAGAUAAUCUUCAGCUUGUUAAUGGGAAUAAUUCCCUUGGACUGCAUAUUUCAGAGAUCAACGUGCCAUCACUGGGUGGUGAUGAACUGCAAUUUGAAGGGUGGAAGAAGGUAGUAAAAUGUGGAGCAGAACAGAUUGGAAGAUCAGCACUUAUGUUAAGCUGUGAGAAAGCAGAGAGAUUUAAACAGUUUGAUAGUGUGUUUGGCUAUUUGGACCAUCAUUUUGCACAUGUUUUCAGACAGGAUGCAGCAGCGUCGCAGGUUAAAAAUGGUUGGCUGAAGAGGGUGCAUCAAGAAUGGAGCAUUCUUAAGAAAAACCUUCCUGAGAGUAUUUAUGUUAGAGUUUAUGAGGAGCGCGUUGAUCUUUUGAGGGCAUCAAUUGCUGGACAGCCUGGAACACCUUAUUAUCAUGGCCUUUUCUUCUUUGAUAUUCAUUUACCUAGCAAUUAUCCUCAGGAACCGCCGAUUGUUCACUACCACUCGGGCGGGCUGAAAUUGAACCCGAACCUGUAUGAAUCCGGAAAGAUCUGUCUCAGCCUUCUGAAUACAUGGGCUGGUAGUGGCACUGAAGUAUGGAAUCCAGAUAGCUCCACCAUCCUUCAAGUCUUGCUAUCUCUUCAAGCUCUUGUCCUCAAUGAUAAGCCAUACUUCAAUGAAGCUGGUUUUGACAAACAGAUAGGGAGAGCUGAGGCAGAGAGAAACUCUAUAAACUACAACGAAAACGCUUUCCUUCUUACAUGCAAAUCAAUGCUGUACAUUAUGAGGCAACCACCUAAGCAUUUUGAGGCACAUGUAGAGGAGCAUUUUGUCGAACACGCUCUCGACAUCCUCGUAGCUUGCAAAGCCUACAUGGACGGUGCUCGAGUUGGGUCGUAUGGGUCGGGAAUGCGAUCCGAGGACGGUUGCAGAAACAACUCAGCUGGUUUUAGGAUCAUGCUUGCAAAGAUCUUACCAAUGCUUGUAUCAAGCUUCGCGGCGAAGGGGAUCGAUUGCAGCCAGUUUAUAAACCAAGAUGAUCAGUUCCCUGGUUUUAGUAAGGAUCUGGACACAAUGUAAAGUUCCAGAAACUGAAGAGGAAUGUGAUUCUGGUGUUUUCUUAAAUAAUUGUUGUGAGAAGAACUAAUAUGGUGUGGUGUGCCUUGUGAAAGAUAUUGUACUAAGGAUUGCCAGUUUCUGCUGUAAAUAAAUGGCUGCUGUGUCUACAAAUAAUAGCAACAAUUUGUAUGAUAAACUUAGCAUGAAAGUGAUGCUGCUUCAGCCGUCUA